AUGGCGGGCGAAGACGAUUGCUUCGAUGAAGAUCUUCUUUUCAAAGAAUUUGAGGUAGAAAAGGCGAAAAAGACCGUCAUAGGAGAAAGUGAGGGCUGCAAUGAGAAAAGGUCAUCGAAAUCCUUAAAAGAAGAGAAUGUACGCCUGAAGAAAGCUCUGAAAACUUUGGUCAGUAUGUUGAAGGUCGCUCAUGCUUCAACAACGGGAAGCGAAAGUUCAACGCCGGAAGCAUGUUUACCUCUGUUUCAGGCAGUCUUUUUUGAUAACAGGGCAUCAAUAAGAAACAGAGAGAAAGUCGAGGAUUUUGUGCAAUCGCUGCAGCAACGCAACUCCGAGAAUGGCGACGAGAGAGAAUCGUUUGGUAGCGAGAAUUUUCCACCAUCUAUCUUUGAACUCAAUUAUGAACUGGAGAAGCUUACCAGCCAAGGUGAUGGUUGCAAUACCUCGAUGGCUGUUAUAAGCUCUCUUCAGUACUACGAUCAAUACUGCAUAGACUGUUGUGGGCUUCCUCUGAUUGACUGUAAUCCUAACAUUAGUGACGGAUGGAAUAUUCCAAAAUAUGAACAGGUUUAUUUCAGUGUUUUGCCCCAAGAUGAAGAGACGCCCAGGGUAAAGAUAAAACAAAGCAGAGCUUGUUUUAACUGUGGCAACUUUGGCCACAAUGUUCAAGACUGUCCUGAACCCCGAGAUUUUGCCAGAAUUAGUGCAAAUAAGAGAGAGUUUGUCAACAAAUUUGUCUCCCCUAUAACUGGUAACUUAAAAUCCACAAAAAGUAGGUACCAUGGUAAAGAAUCAGUUGAAAAGCGCUUUGAAGAGUUUAAACCAGGAACAAUAAGUGACAACCUCAAAGAAGCCCUUGGACUCGGUCAAGAAGACCUUCCUUUGUACAUUUAUAGAAUGCGAUAUCGUGGUUAUCCCCCGGGGUAUUUACCAAAGGCAGCAAGACCAAGCUUACUUCUUUAUGAUGGGGAUGGUAACAUUGAUGAUUACGUGGUUGAAGAAGAUGAUGUUCACAUUUCUCUUAUUGAGUAUCCUGGAUUCAAUGUUCCUCUUCCAGAAGGUGAAAUAUUUACCAUUGUAGCAUUUUUAGAAAGCUUGUUCAGCUUAUUAAAGUCAUUCAAUUCAGGUAUAUCGGAGGAUUUGACAAUAUUUUACAAGGAGAAAAUUGAGUUUGAGGCUACCAGGCUCACACAAACCUUAGUUAAAUUCAAAAUAACUUUUUUACUCUUCCAUCACCAGUGGACCCUUGUGAAGAUAGAGCAAAAAGUUUUCUGAACACAGAUGACCCCUUAAGCAGCUAUAUAUUGGGGAUUGAAAUCCCCAAUAUUUGUGUAAGACAAACUCUUCUGGUCUCUGGAUGUUUGCUUUUUUUGAUAGGGAGAAAAUCCCAAACUUUGAUUUUAAUUCUCAUAACCUGUUUGUUUGAUCAUCUUUGGUUACUACUGGGAGAAACUUGACUAUGAUCACUAUUGAGAGGGUUUAGCAACAUCUGGUAGCACCUGACAACUUUACCUUUUCCCUUCAAAACUAGAAACAUCAAAGUUUUUGCACAGAACAUAUAUGCUGGCAACCCUUGUUUUUGCAGAUUUAGAGAGUUCGGCUCUCUGCAAUUUUUCUGACUGAUAGCUCAGGCUUGCCACACACUUUUUUCUAUUAGGUGUAAGAGACAACUCAGCUAAGAUGGGAUUUCCACCGAUGCAGAUGCAUCAGCAUAUUGAAAACUUAGCAGCUAUGUUCAGACACACAAGAGGACUUGCAAACAGGGGAACAUUGAAUCAAACCAAGAAAAGAAAAAGACCAGAGCUGGACCGAGAGGAAGAGGAUAUGGAAGUUGAGGAAGAUGGUAAAAAGAAUAAUAUUAUUACCAUAACCAAUGUGUUUCAUUUGAAAUAGACAGUGUUGAACCCCCAUAUGAACCCCCAUAUGACCAAAGCACUGAAAAAGUAAUAAUAGCAAACAAUAGUGAAUAAUGGAAUGAUUCAUUAUACGAGGGUUAUUUCAUAUUGAGAUCCUGUCCCAUACAUAUUACUAUAACUGGAAAGGAGAGUAGUUAAACCUGAGUUUUGUUUAGAGCCAGUAGGGUUUCAUUCUAGUGGGGAUUGAUGUAACAACAUCAGGGUUUUCAUUUGAUUUUGUCUUGAAGAUUGUUUUUUCUCUGACUUUUUAAUUUUCUGUAGAAGAAAACAUUCUUGCUUUGUAGUGAGUUUAAAAGGUUAGGAAUGUUAUUUCAUGAUUUCGUUGUUUAUCCUCUUACAGGUGGAAAGAAUGCAUCAGUAGAGCUUGGAUCUGCAGGUGUUAAGAGAACAAAGUAUGAUUUGGGUGAAGACAGCACUCAGGAAGACAACACUGGCUACUCUCCCUCCCACCCUGGGGUUCAGUGUGGAUCGGAAGAAGAGGAACUUCUGAAACGUUUCAGAAAGCACAGUGCAAGUGGCACCUCACAUCACCCUCCCUCAGGAGGCAGUUUAACAAGCAAAUCAAAGACAAAGAGGAAGAAUAGCUUAGAAGAAGGUGAGGUGAUCUCUGAUGAUGAAGGUGAGCAAGGUGAUGGAGAAGAAGAAGAUGAUUUCCCUGAGACCAGUCUUGGCUGGUGGCUGAAGGAGCCAUUAGAGGCUGUGUCCAGUACUCAGCCAAAGCUUUCACCUCCUCCUAAACCCUCGGUACAGCUUCCUCUAGAGGCACUAUCAAGAUUCUACACCAACAGCACAGUGCUGCAGAAGAUGAGCUUUGAGGAUAGAGUCAUGUGGCUGGAUCCCAUAUAUGGUAACAUUCAACCAGUGUCUGGGCGAUAUGACAAGCUGCGUCAACUACUAGGAAAAAGGAGUGUCACCAAGUAGAACUUAUAAGUCACCAAAUGUGGUGUCAUGUUUAUUAUGCAACAGUUUCAACAACAAUAUUUCCUGCUACAUGUCUCUUAGUGGCCUAACAGUGUUGCUGCUUGGCAGAAGUAUGUGAAGGGGUAUUGCCCCUUUUCUUGCAUCAUUCUCUUGAUGGCUGUAACAGUGCCACAGAGCUUUGAAUCAUCUAUUGGUUAGCCUUGCAAAUUUUGUAACAUAAGAAGUAGGGGAAACACUAAAAUGAAGCCUUGCUGACAAUUCACGUUGCACAAGGAAGUUUAAAGGAAAUUUAGGCUUUUCUUAAAUUGAAAUUAUUUUUAGCAUGCAUCCUAGUGUGUGACUAUCUUAUGUGUCACAAAUUUCAUUCUUAUACCAUUUCCAUACUUUUUGUUGUAUAGUCACAGACGGAAAUUUUUACUGAAAGUUAAUUCCUUCAUUUGUAAUUUAUAUAUGGUAGGGUACAUUUUUUAUUUUGUGCCAUUUCUCUUGACAAUGUUCAGGCAAUGAAAAGAAGGGACUUUUCUUAUCUAAAACUAGAUGUUUCUCAUCAUUUUUCUUGCAAAAUGUUUUAACUAGGUAGACAAUGGGCAGAAGGAAAAAAGUAUGCUCCUCUUCCAGCAUUAAUUUUUCUUUAUUCUUCGUUAUUGUAGUUUCAGUGCCCGAAGGCUUUUAAAAACGCUUCAAUAGUUGCUACUCAUUCAUGACAUGUUUACAAGCUUAAAAUUGGCGGCGAUGGACCAUAAACACUUUUUCUAGGGCUCGGUAUGGACAGUCGUAGACUGUCUAGAGCUACCCUCUCCCCUUGAGAAAGGGAUUUUCCUGAUGGAGGGGGCGGCUGUACACAGGCUAGGAUGGUCAAAGCCGAUACAGUGCGAUAGUGUAAUUUCUUUGCGGUAUGAAACACACGAUCUGAUAACUGUUCAUUUCAAUGAGCAAGUAAAGGAUUUAUGUGUUUAUUUAUGCAUUUCUAUGUUUUGGCCAACCGUCCACGCGUACCCGUGAAAACGGUCACCGAAAAUGCAUUUUCAAAAAGCUCUCCGGAGAAGAGACUUGAACAUUCCGCCUUAUCGUUUUCGUGUGAACAGACGAAAACGGAGGUUUUCGAAUACGGUGAUCUCAUAAAUCAUACAGCACCGACUCGAAUACGUUACGUGUGAACGAGCGUUUUUUUUUAUUAUUAUUAUUAUUUUACUUUAUUUUUAUUUUUUUUAAAAACAGAGAAAAAAUCUCCGUUUUUAAGAAUAUCCGGAUACGUGUGGACGAGGCUUUAGAUAUUGGUGUUUCAAGUGAUACAUGCGGUUGUAAAUAGAACCUGAAUGGUUACUAAUAGGAGUAAUUGAUUGCGGGGAUUAUUACAUCAUUUAACGUCUUCAGACUGAUCUGAAAAACUAAUCUGCCAAUGGACCAUUGAUUUUUUCGAGUUUUUGUAAGGACCGGUAGGCGAACAUCGCAAAUGUACAUUGUUGAAGAGCGGCUUAUGAUAGGUAAACUGUGAACUUUCCAAAAUUUGCAAGUAAUUUGUUUAAAGCCAGCGAUGAUAUAGCCAAGCACAAACUUAAUAUCGCA